GUGAAGAAAAACCAAGGGUAGUCAAUAGGAUUAGAAAAAUUACGUCCCCUUCUAACCAUUCAAGUCCGGUUCUAACUUCAACGUGGACGGUGGACCCAAAUAUAUUUAUAUACCUGUGUCGUCGUUGUCUAAUCUCAAGUCUCAACCUUAACUGAAAACCCUAGUUUCUGAUCCAUCAUCCAUCAGAUCGAAAUCGAAACUGAUAGAAAGAUGGCGACAAUCAGCCUGAGAAAGGCCAACGCGAGGCUUCCACCGGAGGUGAAUCGAGUGUUGUACGUUCGAAACCUACCGUUCAACAUCUCGAGCGAAGAGAUGUACGAUAUCUUCGGCAAGUACGGUGCUAUAAGGCAAAUCCGAAUCGGCACUAACAAGGACACUCGAGGAACUGCCUUUGUCGUCUACGAGGACAUCUACGACGCCAAGACCGCCGUCGACCACCUCUCAGGCUUCAACGUCGCCAACAGGUACCUCAUCGUUCUCUACUACCAGCAGGCCAAGAUGAGCAAGAAGUUCGACCAGAAGAAGAAGGAGGAGGAGAUCACCAAGCUCCAGGAGAAGUACGGAGUUUCCACUAAAGAUAAGUGAACCAAAACUCUGUUAUUUAUGCUAACAAGAAUAGCUUCACCAUUUUGGUUUGUGUUUUCUGGACUUUGUAACAUUGAAAAUUCCUUCCAAAUUGAUGUUGUAGGCAAUCAUAUGAGAAUUUCGGAUUAGAAACGAGCUAAACAAGACAUUCAUAUAUGGUUGCUUGUGAAAUUUUAGUCUCUGUUUAUUUUUAGUAUUA